CCCUGCACCUCCACGUCUGCCCCCUGCCCGGGGCCAGGGCCCAGCAGUCAUGACAGACACCCCAGUGGAGGAAUCCCUUUUCCAAAUCAUCCACUGCUUCCACCAGUAUGCAGCCCGGCAAGGCGAUGUGGAGACCCUGUCCCUGCAGGAGUUGCAGGCCCUGCUUGUGGACAACGUACCCCGCUUCAUGGACAGCUUGGGCCGGAAGGAGCCGUACUAUAUCACAGAACUGUUCCAGGCUGCAGACAAGAAUAAGGACAACCAGAUCUGCUUCGAUGAGUUCCUCUACAUCUUGGGAAAGCUGGUGAAGGACUACCACCUGCGGUACCACCGGCAGCUGUGCGCUCACCACUGUGCUCAACACAGCCUGUACUAGAGGGAGCUCAGGCAGCCCCCUGCCCACCGGAGCCUGACCCAGGAGGAGGUGUGGCCUGGCUAUCAGGAACUGAAUGGAGAACCCAGCUGUGUGUGUCUCUGCGUGUGCACAUGUCUGUAUACGUCUGU